GCAGGUUUUUGCCGAGCUUACACUUAGUGUCAGGUCAGCGGCGUCACAGGUUCAGUUUGUUUGGAGUCAGCACGGAGGAACUAUGGGGGUGAGGUAGCCGGCGGGGCGCUGUGGUCUCUCGUUGUCGCUACCUGUUGUGCGCGGCACGGACUUCUUCUUUUUAGGAGCCCGGCGACGGCAGACGUAAAAGGGCGUCAGCCGAGCACUAACUGCUAACCACCCUACCCCCCCGGAGGAGGUGGAGAACGACAGGCCCGGGGGACGGUAUAAGAUGGAGGACAAGAAAGAGGAGGGCGAGGCGGAAAUCCAGGAACACGGACCCGAAUACUGGUUUACCAAAUGGGAGCGCCAGUGUCUAGCGGAGGCCGAGCAGGAGGAGCAGCCCGAGGCCGACGCCGAGGACGGGCAGCACAAGCUGUGGCAUCUGUUCCAGAACUCGGCCACCGCCGUGGCGCAGCUCUACAAAGAUCGCGUGUGUCAGCAGCAGGGGCAGCCUCUGUGGGCCACCUUCCAGAAUGCCGCGACAGCUGUCACCAAUCUAUAUAAAGAAAGCGUGGAUACCCAUCAGCGGACCUUUGAUCUUGGAAUUCAUGUUGGCUAUCAGCGGCGCAAUAAGGAUGUUUUAGCCUGGGUAAAAAAGCGUCGACGAACUAUUCGUAGAGAGGAUUUAAUAAGCUUUCUAUGUGGCAAAAUUCCACCUCCACGAAACUCGCGUGCACCACCAAGACUAACUGUUGUAUCUCCGAACCGAGCUUCACCUUCAGAAACUGACUCCUCUGUAGAGACUGAUUUGCAGCCAUUCCGAGAAGCGAUAGCUCUCCAUGGUCUGAGUGGCGCAAUGGCUAGUAUAAGUGUUCGCUCAAGUACUCCGGGCUCGCCCACCCAUGUCGGUGGAAGUUCUAAUACCAGCCGUAGGAGAAAUGGACUCCUCGAUGUCGAUCUGAAUACUUUCAUAUCAGAGGAAAUGGCACUCCACUUGGACAAUGGCGGCACUAGAAAGCGUACUUCAGCCCAAUGCAGCAACGUCAUUACGGACUCUCCAACUAAUAAACGCAACAGAAUGAUCUAAUCCUACAAAAUUCUAAAAAAAUCAAAAAUAAAAAAAAAAUCCACCAUGCUGCUUGAAAGCCACUUUAUCCUCAACAUGCUGUCUGAAAGGAACCAUCUUCCCCUUUCACUGUUCAAAACGCGUGAAUUCAACAAUUGCCAUAAGGAAGUUCUAAAUAUUACCGUAGAUGCAUAUUGGCUUUCUUUACCGAACUUCUUCACAGAACAUCUAAAAUUGUGUAGUAUAUGGUAAGAUCAUCCUAGGUGAACAUCAGUCUAUUAAAUGCAAAGUGACCUUACUUGUGUUUGCAAAGGGAAAGGAAUCAUCAUUCACUUUUGUUUUUUCUCUCCAGUGUAUUGCCAUUGGAGUUUGGCCAAGACAUUAGUGGGCAUACCCAUCAGUUCUGUAGGCUUCCAUUGUUUUUAUACACUGUGUGCAAAUAAUUUUAUUUUCUGUUCAGUUUUGGUAAUCGUGUGAUUAUGUACAGAGAUGCUAUGAUGGUCGUACACACUGGGCCUCAUUUAUCAAGACUCUUAACAGUAAGACUGUCUUAACCAGUCAAAGCUGAUUUACAAUUUUUUUUUCUUCAGAACUGCUUCAGAAAUAAAAGAUGAGCUUUGAUUGGUUGCUUGUGGGGAGCAAAGACCGCCUCGCUGUUAGCCAGUUUUGUUAAGAGUUGUUCCAUCUUGCUGUUUCCACAGCUCUAGGUGGCCAGGCUUCGGGAAACGGCCGAGCGAGCCGGCGCCCCAGGAGAUGCGGAAGCAGCAUAGCUUGUUCUGCUAUGUUUGCAUACUACAAUGGAAAUUACGGAAACUGGGUAACGCCGGUCUGUGCAGCUUUUUCCGUAAGCCCAGCCAGCACUUAGUCCCAUCGUGGAAAUGUCGAGAUGGGACAACCCCUUUAAAUGAGACCCAAUGAGUCCAUGUAUGAAAGGCUCUUGGAUUCACUUUGUAUGUUAUUAGUGCUGACAUGCCAAUAUUAAAAUGUCUCCAAAUAAUUCUCCGUAGGCUUUUAAAGUUGGUCAAUUUAAGCAUAUGUAUGCACUUAUUUACAUGCUUGUUGUAACCUUGUUAGGUAAUUGUAACUGUAUAAGCCACACUAAAACCUAAAAACCCAGACUCUCUAUAACGUUCUCCUUGUACAUUCUUGGUCAGUAGUGUAUUUAUUCUAUGGUAACUGAAGGUAUCGUUUUCUCUCCCCAGCUUUUAUUUGACUUAUGUUCUCCUUCCAACCAGGCGGAUGUCU